GCAGAGAUGAUGAAAGAGCUUCUGCCUGUUUCAUUGAUGGUUUUAUUCGAAAGUUGGGUGAUGGUUCAAAAACUAGAUUUUGGAAGGAUGUUUGGCUAGGCAACUCUCCUCUUAUGGCUGAUUUCCCUCGCCUUUUCAACCUCACUCGAAGCAAGGAUCUAUUAGUUGCCAACUUAAAGCAACCCAACACAGAUGGAUGGGCCUUUCAAUGGCGCAAGCCUCCCUUUGGCAAGGAAUUGGACGAGCUUGGGGUGCUGGAAAAUAUUAUGGAAAAGGUGUUCAUCCCAUAUGAUAGAGCUGAUCAAGUUACAUGGAAACACAACCUGGUGGGAUACUCUACAAAACAUGCUUACAGGUUCCUUGAGAUCUCCCCAUCAUGUCUUGACAAAAGCUACUGUAAGAUUAUUUGGAGUCCAUUCACACCAUCCAAAGUCAGUAUUUUUGCUUGGCGCCUCUUCUUAAAUCGACUUCCUACCAAGGACAACCUAAUAAUUCAUGGUGUUGACCUGGCUUCCAACCCAAAUUGUGUCCUUUGUGGGGAUUACAUAGAAGACCUCAAUCAUAUCUUUGCCACUUGCCGUUGUUCUCAAAAUGUCUGGAAGUGGGUUUGUUGCUGGUGGGGGGUUCCUUUUAUUCCUACUGCAAAUGCUCCCUUGCUAAUUACCGAGCUUUGUUCACUUAUGGAUGCCAGGAAAUCAUGGAAUUGUUGGGCUCUAUCUAUUCUCACCACAGCAUGGACAAUUUGGUACUUCAAAAAUGGUAUUGUAUUCAAUAAACUAAAUUGGAAAGAAAACAACAUUUAUGGUCUAAUUCAAGCUAAAACUUUUUGCUGGAUUAAAGGAAAAUCAAAAUCUGCAGUGUUUAGUUUUGGUGAUUGGUGUCAAUUUCCAAAUCUUUGUGCUGAUGGCAUUUAGACUACAAAAUGUAACUCUUGUCUUCUCAUUUCUUUUGUAAGGGUGAGUGCCCCUUGUACUAUUUUAAUAAAUUUUGAUUCAUAAA